UAUAAACUCCAUGUAAAGGCAUCUUCAAAACUACUUAUUUCUGUUAUUUAUUAGUAUCAGAAUUCCACAAUGAAAAUAGCGGGUGAUCAACAAUCUUUGAACAACCGAAUGAAGAUAGAGUCCGUGGAAAGGCGAACUGCUAAUUAUAAGCCAAACAUCUGGAAUUACUGUCACCUACAGACUCUAACAAACAAAUAUGAUGAAGAGGAAUACAGAAGACAAGUGGAAUCAUUGAAAAGGGAAGUUUCGUGCAUAUUCGGUCAAAUGAACGAUCCAGUGGCUAAGUUAGAGCUUAUAGAUUGCAUUAGCAAGUUAGCUCUUUCUCACUACUUUGAAAAAGAUAUCUCUGAAAACCUAAACAAUAUGGUGAAUAUGAACAACUUUGUUUUCUGCAUGAAAGAGAACCUCUACCACACUGCAUUAUGCUUCAGAAUUCUUAGGCAGUAUGGAUAUGAGAUUUCACAAGACGUGUUCCUUUGCUUCACUGAUGAUGUGGGAGAAUUCAAGACAAGUGCACACUUGGAUGCUAAACCAAUUCUUCAACUUUUGGAAGCCUCUUAUCUUGGCAUGGAAAGUGAAUGCUUGUUGGAUACAGCCCAUGUUUUUGCCAUGGAGAAUUUGAGAGCAAAUCAUGAAAUAUUUUCAUUGGUUUGUCCGUUGCAUUUGAGUGUCGAAUGGUUUAAUGUCAAGAAACAUAUCCACGUACUGGAGAAAGAGAACAAGACUAGGUCUAUGUUGCUUCAGCUGGGUAAGCUUAACUUCAACAUUGCUCAAGCCCAACAGCAAAAGGAUCUCAAGGAGAUUGUAAGGUGGUGGAGAAAUCUUGGUCUUUCAGAAACUUUAAUUUUCACAAGAGAUCGAGUAGUUGAAAGUUUUUUGUGGGCAGUGGGAGUUGUUUCUGAGCCUCAGCAUGGAAGCCUUCGAAAAUGGUUGACUAAAGUCAUCAUGUUCAUCUUGAUAAUCGAUGAUGUCUACGAUAUUUAUGGUUCGAUGGAAGAAUUGGAGUGCUUUACCCAUGCUGUUAAUAGGUGGAAUCACACAGAAAUUAAGCAGCUGCCAGAAGCCAUAAGGAGAUGCUUCUUUGCACUGUAUGAUACAACCAAUGAUAUGGAUCUGCAAAUUCAACAAGAAAAGGGCUGGAAUUCAGUGUUAUCAUAUUUAAAGAAAGGGUGGGCAGAUUUCUGUCAAGCAUUGCAUGUGGAAGCAAAGUGGUACCACACAGGUUAUACCCCACGUCUUUGGGAGUAUCUUGAUAAUGGUUGGAUAUCAUCAUCUGGGCCUCUGCUUUCUCUUGUUGUACUCUUCGGUGUAGGUCAAGAUAUAACCGAAACCAUUGACAUCCUUGAGAACAAUCAAGAAAUUAUCUACUACUCCUCGUUGAUAAUACGUCUCUGCAAUGAUCAAGGAACUUCAACUGCCGAACUGGAGAGAGGUGAUGCACCUUCAUCAAUCCUAUGUUACAUGAGAGAAGCAAAUGUUACAGAACAGGAAGCUAGAGACCAUAUCAGAAACAUCAUUUCCAAUUUAUGGAAGAAAAUCAAUGGUCUAUGCAUAAAUGGCUCUCCUAAUUUGCUACAAACACUUGUUAAGUAUAUUAUAAACAUAGCGCGAGUCGCUAAUUUCAUUUAUCAGAAUGGAGACGGAUUCAGUGUUCAAGAUGGAGACACAAGAGAUCAAGUUUUGUCCUGUUUAAUAGAGCCUUUUCCUUUAAUUUGAGUUGACAAAACUGCUCAAACAGAGACUAAAUGCCCGAAUGGAGAAAAUAUAUAUAAUGUGUACCGUAUCUAUACUUAAAUAAUCUAUACAAUGAUGAUUAGUGGAUGGGUUUUGGCAAUCCGAUGUACUUAUAUAAAGUUAAUAAGUUUAGUUAAUAACGGGCAUAAGUUCAAGAACUAUAAUAUUAUUAUUAUUAUGAAUUGCCUUUUUCUCUUGUUAAAGGCUUGCAUCUGCUUUCUUAAUUUAUGAGUUGACCUGACUCAUUAUUUUGACUUU